GGGUAGUACUCUACCUUGUCUCGUAUACACAUACUUAAAUUUCAUAUGCUCUCAGUUCAACUUAUGUAUUUGGUUUUUUUUUAUCAAUACGUUGCUGAUGAUCUAUUAGAAUAAUUAUGUACCAUCCUUAUUAUUGCUUUACCAUGACUCUGAGAUUAUUUUUCACGUGUUUUCUGGUCGUUUUAGUGGUCAAAUAUGUGUAUUGCAAUUGUGGUGAAAAUAGUCAAAAUUCUGCUGGUAUACCGCCCAGUAGUUAUCCUAAUCCAAGACGAGAUGAAACAAUUCAAGACACGUAUGCUAAUUGUGCAGUAAUCAAAGACCCGUACAGAUGGAUGGAAAACCCAGACAGCCCCGAAACGAAGCAAUUCAUUCAAGAUGAAAUGGCUAUCACCACACCUUACUUGGAAAAAAGUCCAUAUCGUGCCGAAUUACAAGCUCGUUACAAGGAAUUAUAUAACAAUCCAAAAUACUCGACUCCUUUUCAAAAAGGCAACAAAUUUUACUCAUUUCAAAAUACUGGUUUACAAAAUCAGAAUGUGCUUUUUGUACAAGAUUCAAUAACUAGUGAAGGUAAAGUAUUCCUCGAUCCGAACACGUUCAGUCAAGAUGGUACAGUUGCUUUGAGUGGCAUCUCUUUUUCGCACGAUGGGUUGCUUUUCGCGUAUGGGAUCAGUGCAAAUGGAUCUGAUUGGAAAACAAUACAAUUCAAGCACGUAGAACAAGGCGAUAUUUACAAUGAUAAGUUGACCAAAGUCAAAUUUUCGGGAAUGUCGUGGACACAUGACAAUAAAGGAAUAUUCUACUCGGCAUACCUUGAUCAGAAUGGCACCAUGGAUGGUUCUGAAAAUAAGGCCAAUAAAAACCAUAAAUUAUACUAUCACGUUCUUGGGACUGAGCAAUGCAAAGAUGUCAUUGUGGCAGAAUUUCUAGAUUAUCCUGAUUACUUGAUGUAUGUAUCUCAACCUCACAAGAAAUUCAUAAAAAAUAGUCUCGAUUGUAAUCUUUGUUAACAGUGUUUGCUUUUUUUCGUUACAACGAUUUGUACAUAAAAGUUUUGUGAC